AUGCCAGAUGCCUUCUUUGCAUCUUCAAAACAACGAAAGCGCAAACGACCGGAUAGCGCGCAAUCUUCUCGAAAAUUACCGCGAAAAGAAAAUCCAAAGAGCGUAAACCGUUCACGACCCAAACGAUCUGGCGAUGAGGAACUCGACUCGGACCACACUAAUGACGACGUUGACAUCGACGACCUUGAGCUGGCUGAGCAUUAUGACGACCCCGGUGCUAGCGGGGAGGAGGACAACGAGACUCCAGCGGAAAAGCGCCUACGGUUAGCGCAACUAUAUCUCGACAGUGUAAAGGAGGGCCUAGCGGAGGGGGAGUUCGAUGCCGCGGAAAUCGACAAGGAACUUAUUUCUGCUCGAUUGCAAAAGGAUGUAAUGGAGCACUCUGGCAAAAUGCACCUUUUUGUCGCUGACACGCUGGACUUCACGCAGGCUCCUGCGGUGCUCCGCACUAGGGGACAUCGCUUUUCCGUUACAUCUGCUGUUGCUUCCGAGUCCGGACAGCACUUAUUUACUUCUGGCAAGGAGGGCUCAAUCAUCAAGUGGGAUCUUGCCUCCGGGAAACGGCUGGAAACUUUCUUUAAGGUCCAACCACCAACCACCGCCAAGGGAAAGGGUAAACAAAAAAGUACAACCCAUACUUCCGUCGAAGGACAUACCGACUCCGUUCUCGCACUCGCUAUCAGCUCCGACGGCAAGUAUCUUGCCAGCGCAGGCAAAGAUCGACGAAUAGGUGUUUGGGACGCAGAGAAGGGCGUUUGGAUGACAGCUUUUAUUGGGCAGGUGGGGCAUAAAGACGUUGUGUCGGCGAUCUCAUUCCGCAAGGGCACCCACCAGCUAUACACAGGCUCAUACGACCGCACUUUGAAGGUUUACGACUUGACACCGGGCGUUAUGGGCUAUGUGGAGACGUUAUUCGGUCACCAAGACCACGUUCUGUCGCUCGAUGCUCUUCGAGGCGAGACUUGUAUUAGCGUGGGUGGACGGGACAAGACGGUUCGAUACUGGAAGAUCGCGGAUGAGACACAGUUGGUAUUUCGUGGUGGUGGUCGGAGUAAAAUCCGGGACGUUCUGGAUGGUGGUCUCAAGGGAGAGGAUGACGAGGAAGAUGAAAAAAUGGAGGGGACCUCCAAACCCAAAGAAAAGUCGCGUAAAUUCAUCGAAGGGAGCAUGGAAUGUGUCGCGAUGAUUGAUGAGACCACCUUUGUGAGUGGUGGAGACAGCGGCUCUCUAUGUCUCUGGUCCACACAGAAGAAAAAGCCUGUUUUCACGCAACCCAUUGCCCACGGACUGCAUGAAACACAAUCAGCCACUGAAGGCGUUGUUGAGACUCCGCGCUGGAUCACUGCAGUUGCGAGUCUCCGCUAUUCAGACCUGAUAGCCUCUGGCUCAUGGGAUGGCGAUAUUCGAAUAUGGAAGCUUGACGCUAAGCUCAAGUCUUUCGAACUUGUCGGCACUGUCCCUGCACCGGGCGUAGUCAAUUCCCUCCAAUUCCUUACUCCCACGAAAGAUCUUGAAGCGGAGUGGGCAACCUCGGGACGCUCACCGUUGCUGGUUGUCGGUCUUGGUAAAGAGCAUCGGUUAGGCAGAUGGUGGAACAUCAAGGACGGAUUCAAUGGCUCAAUGGUGUUUUCUUUUCCUCGGACAUCAUAG